AUGCUGCCCAAGCCGAAGAAAUACAUCAACUGUCUGCGACAAUACUUCGGCCUGAAUACGUUCAAGCCGCUCCAAUGGAAGAUAAUACGUGCCUUGAUAAUCCAGCCCCGUGGCGGGGACGUGUGCGCAGUUAUAGCCACCGGCUAUGGCAAAUCGUUGAGUUAUCAGUUUCCCGCCUUUUUCUUAAAUAAGGUAGUUGUAGUCAUAUCGCCGCUGAUUGCUCUGAUGGAGGAUCAAGUGAACGCACUGAACGAGAGAUCCAAGACCGGUCCAUGCGCCUGCCUGCUGGGCACUGCGCAAGAGGAUCGAGCUAUCAAGGAACGCGUCCUGGCGCUUCAAUUUAAAUUGGUCUACGCUACGCCGGAGUACAUAACCCGUGGCAAUGGCCUCAAAUUGCUGCGUGAUCUGGGCCACAAUCUGGCGCUGAUUGCCAUCGAUGAGGCACAUUGCAUCUCCAAGUGGGGCCACGAGUUCCGUCCAGCUUACCGCCAGCUCAAUCAGCUGCGCUUGGCUGUGCCCAAGGUACGUCUUCUGGCGCUAACUGGAACGGCAACGCGGCGAGUGCGCCUAGAUAUCUGCGAGCAGUUGCAGUUGCGCAGGCCUCUGGUGUUUUGCAGCAACCUGGAUCGACCUAAUCUGGAGCUGACCGUUCGUAUGCGUAGCUCGAAUCUGUGGUCCGAUCUGCAGCAAUAUUUGAACUGGGCCGCCGAGGCGGCAGGCGCCGUUAUCAUCUACAGCAAUACGAUACGCGACACGGAGCACAUGGCACAGGAGCUGUCCAGCCGGGGCAAACGCUGUCAUAGCUAUCACAGCAAGCUGCCGCUCGAGGUGAAGCGUCGCAAUCAGCAGGACUUUGCCAGCGAUGAGGUGCACAUUAUGGCGGCGACCACAGCCUUUGGCAUGGGCAUUGACAAGCCCAAUGUCCGCCUGGUUGUACACUAUGGGGCUCCCAGCGACAUGGAGCGCUACUAUCAGGAGAUAGGACGUGCCGGCAGAGAUGGCCUGCCAGCCAAAUGCGUGCUCUUCUACGGCGAGGCAGAUGCCGCGAUCCACCGACGAUUGCAGCACAGCCAACCCGUGACGGCGCAGCGCAGCGAGGAGCUGCAGCAUCUGGCCCAGGCCAUGCUAGAGUAUACACAGAUCAGUCAAUGCAGACGCCAAUAUAUACUCAACUACUUUGAUGAUCGAGCGACGUUGGCCUCGCUGAAGCGGCGCUCCAAUUGCUGCGACAAUUGCCGCAAGGCCAUGCAGGCCAAGCCGACAGUUCAUGUGGACGACACACCGCUGGACGUGAGUAGCGAGUCCCGUUUGCUGCUGGGCAUGCUGCGGGAUCUGAACGGUCGGUUGGGCCUGGGCAAGCUCAUACUGGCGCUGCGCGGCUCACGCAGCAAGUCCAUCAGCAGCGAGUGCCGCAGCCAUGAGCACUUUGGCAGGGGCUCGCAUCGUUCAAUUGCGUGGUUCAAGGCACUGGCGGAACAUCUGAAGUCCCUAGGUUAUAUCAAGGAUGACUAUCAGCGCAGCAUGAAGAGCGCCUUUGGCUACCUAAUGCCCCAGGUGACGCUUCAGGGCUGCUGCUGGCUGGACGAGGAGCAAGCGAAAGCUGGGCCAAUAACCGUCCAGUCCACUUCCCGUUUGGCCAAGCUGCGUCAAACGUGCCGCAUGGGCAACGUGGCUAACGACAAGCUUGACUGGGGCUCCGACAUCGACCCAAAUGAAAUCGACGAGGCAGUAGAGAGAUGCGAGAACGAUUCGGUCUGGGGACCCGAUCUGGACAUAGACUUUCAGCAAAUCGACGAAGCAGUUGCCAAGUCGAAGAGCGACAGCAAGCAGCAGACUCCUCCCGCUGACAAGCUGGCGCUGGAAUCCCUGCUUGCCGAUUGCCAGCAGAUUCUGCACGAGGAGCAGGAGGAAAAGGCGCGCACCCUGAAGGCGCGCAAACGCAUCUGGCAAUACCUCGAGGGCAGCUACCAAAGGCGACCCCUCAUACCAAAGUACAAGAAGCAAUCGACUUAA